AUGCCGUCACCGCCCGCGUCCACGUUCGCCGUGCUCGACCUCGCGCGCGCGCGCGCGGGUGACGCCGACGCCGACGCCGACGCCGACGUCGCGAUCGCCCUCCUCGCGCGAGAGGACGAGACGUGGACGCGCGUCGACGUGCGUCGGGGGAGAUUUCCGAGCGAUGCUCUUACCGACGCGCUCGCGGGCGUCGUCGUCGUCGGCGGGCGGAAGCGCGUGGUGGACGACGCGCGUGCGUCGCCGGGCGGUAGCGCGCGCGCGAGCGGCGCGCUCGCCGGGGGCGUGAGAGGCGAUGAUGAUGAUUUCGAUGAUGAUUUCGAUGAUGAUGAUGUCGACGCCGACGCAAUCGCCUGGCUCGCGCGCGCGCGCGCAAGAGCGCGGUCGGUUCCGCUCAGAGUGUUCGCCGCCGGCGCGCGCGCGCGCGCGAUCGCGCGCGCGCUCGGGAAGACGCGCGCGGACGCGGACGACGUCGAUUCCGGGACGACGGCGUGCGCGACGUUUCGCGCCUCGACGUUUCGCGCCGACGACGCCUUCGCCGCGGCCUCGCGCGCGCUGGGGUCGUCGACCGGGACGACGUCGAUGUCGACGUCGAGCGCUGGGCUGGAGACGAGCGAACGCGCGCCCGAUGGGUUCGUCGCGACGGCGACGCGCGACGGCCGCGUCGAGGCGUGGACGUCGGCGGACGGCGACGCGAUGUGCGCGCGACGGGCGCCCUGGGACAUGAUCGCGACCGCGACGACAGAUGCGAGUGAUGACGACGCGUUUUUCCUCGCGUACGUCCGCGCGUUCCUACGGCGUGGGACGUUACGCGAGGACGAGGACGGGGCGUAUUUGGCGGCGCGGCGGCGACGCGCCGAGGACGCGCGCGCGUCGCACGCGCGACGACGCGACGACGACGCGUCCACGCCCGCGCGCGGCGUCCACGCGCACGACGCGCGCGCGCGGGUGGACGGCGACGCCCGAGCGGUGGCGAAGGCGUCGAGCGCGUUCGCGGCGGCGGCGCAGGCGUCGGCGGCUGAAUUCGACGCCGCGCGCGCCGAGUUCGCCUUCCUCGCCGCCGCCCACGCGUGCGCCGCGCGCGAGUACGACGCCGUGGGCGCCGCACUCGACGACGUCACGCGCCUCGUCGAGGUUUUGCGCGCCAAGGAUGACGUCGCGCGUCGUCGGCUCAUCGUCGUCGACGCCGUCGAACGCGAGUUGGAGACCAUCGAGCGCGCGUGUCGCGCCGCGAGCGCCGCCGUGGACGAUCUCGAGCGCCGUCGCGACGCUCUCAGCCGUCGCGCCGGAUCCACGCCGACGUGA